AUGGCCGGGGCCGGGCGCCGGCUGGGAGCAGGGGAGAAACCACAGGUACAUCAGAGCUCAGGGAGGACUCGGAAAGCAUCAGCCAGGGGGUACCUGCUCUUCCGCGACUUCGCCUUUAACCAGGCAGAGGAGGCCAAACCCCUGAUGGAGUUUUAUGAGGAGAUCAAGAAGUACGAGAAGCUGGACUCGGAGGAGGAGCGAACCGUCCGGAGCCGCCACAUCUUUGACCAUUACAUCAUGAAGGAGCUGCUGGCCUGCUCCCACCCCUUCUCCAAGAGUGCCACGGAGCAUGUCCAGAGCCGCCUGAGCAAGAAGCAGGUGCCCCCAGACCUCUUCCAGCCCUACAUUGAGGAGAUCUGCCAGAACCUGCGUGGGGGCAUCUUCCAGAAAUUCAUCGAGAGUGACAAAUUCACCCGGUUCUGCCAGUGGAAGAACGUGGAGCUGAACAUCCAUCUCACCAUGAACGACUUCAGCGUUCACCGAAUCAUCGGCCGCGGUGGUUUCGGGGAGGUCUACGGCUGUCGGAAAGCGGAUACAGGCAAAAUGUACGCCAUGAAGUGUUUGGACAAGAAACGCAUCAAGAUGAAGCAGGGCGAGACCCUGGCCCUCAACGAGCGCAUCAUGCUGUCCCUCGUCAGCACCGGGGACUGCCCAUUCAUCGUGUGCAUGUCGUACGCCUUCCACACACCUGACAAGCUCAGCUUCAUCCUCGACCUCAUGAACGGGGGAGACCUGCAUUAUCACCUGUCCCAGCACGGCGUCUUCUCGGAGGCGGAGAUGCGGUUCUACGCAGCUGAGAUCAUCCUGGGCCUGGAGCACAUGCACAGCCGCUUCGUGGUGUACCGCGACCUCAAGCCGGCAAACAUCCUCCUGGACGAAUUUGGGCACGUCCGCAUCUCAGACCUGGGCCUGGCCUGCGACUUCUCCAAGAAGAAGCCCCAUGCCAGUGUGGGCACCCAUGGGUACAUGGCUCCGGAGGUGCUGCAGAAAGGAGUGGCGUACGACAGCAGCGCCGACUGGUUCUCGCUGGGCUGCAUGCUCUUCAAGCUGCUCCGGGGGCACAGCCCCUUCCGGCAGCACAAGACGAAGGACAAGCACGAGAUCGACCGUAUGACCCUCACCAUGGCCGUCGAGCUGCCGGACUCCUUCUCCCCUGAACUGCGCUCCCUGCUCGAGGGGCUGCUGCAGCGAGACGUCAACCGGCGGCUGGGCUGCAUGGGGCGCGGGGCUCAGGAGGUGAAGGAGGAGCCCUUCUUCAAGGGCCUGGACUGGCAGAUGGUUUUCCUCCAGAAGUACCCGCCGCCCCUGAUCCCACCCCGCGGCGAGGUGAAUGCGGCUGACGCUUUCGACAUCGGCUCCUUCGAUGAGGAGGACACGAAGGGCAUCAAGCUGCUGGAGAGCGACCAGGAGCUGUACCGCAACUUCCCGCUCACCAUCUCGGAGCGGUGGCAGCAGGAGGUGACGGAGACCGUUUUCGAAGCCGUCAACGCCGACACCGACAAGCUGGAGGCUCGCAAGAAAGCCAAGAACAAGCAGCUGGGCCACGAGGAGGAGUACGCCAUGGGCAAGGACUGCAUCAUGCACGGGUACAUGGCCAAGCUGGGCAACCCCUUCCUGACGCAGUGGCAGCGCCGCUACUUCUACCUCUUCCCCAACCGCCUCGAGUGGCGCGGGGAGGGCGAGUCGCCGCAGUCCCUGCUCACCAUGGAGGAGAUCGACUCGGUGGAGGAGACGCAGGUGAAGGAGCGCAAGUGCAUCCUGCUCCGCAUCCGCGGCGGCAAGCAGUUCGUGCUGCAGUGCGAUAGCGACCCCGAGCUGGUGCAGUGGCGGAAGGAGCUGCGGGACGCCCAGCGCCAGGCCCAGCAGCUGCUGCAGCGGGUGCCGCGCAUGCAGAACAAGCCCCGCUCGCCCGUGGUGGAGCUCAGCAAAGUGCCGUUCAUCCAGCGCUCCGCCAACGGGCUCUGACCCCGCGCCCGCGCGCCCUCCGCCCCCCGCUCCCACCCCACCUCUAAUUUAUUGGGUUGGGUUCCCGCGUGCCCCCGCUCCUUUUUGUCGUUGGAGGACGCCCGGUGCCGAUCUCGCCCGUCGGGCGCGGAGCGGGCACGGCCGUGGUGUCGCCGUCCCAGCCCAGCCUCCGGCACGGAGCUGGCGCUGGGCACGCGGCACGGCUCAGCACCUCUCCCC